CUCCGAGAGCCGCGCGGGAGGCAGCGGCGCGGGGUCCAGCGGCAGCGGCGGGAGCGCGGCGGGGCGGCGGCUCCGCCCUGGGCAGCCGGGCAGCGCCGGCCGGGCUGAGGAGCCAGCUCUCAUCCCCACUGAUCAAGGUUUCACUGAACUUCACCAGACUUCCCAGCUGGGGACCCUGUCCCCUUCCCCCUUGUGCUACACAUUAGAUCUGGUGACACUCAGGAAAUGCUUGUCUCCUGCUGUUGAUGAAUAAUUUCAGAGUACUAUGGAUCAUGCUGAAGAAACUGAAAUCCCUGCAGCGGCCCAGAAGUACUAUGUGGACAGGCCUAUCUUUAGUCAUCUGGCCCUCCAGGAAAUACUGCACACGAAGGACAAGAUUCCGGAUUCCAUUGGGGAUAAGCUAAAACAGGCAUUCACAUGUACUCCGAAGAAAAUAAGAAAUAUCAUUUAUAUGUUCUUACCCAUAACUAAGUGGUUGCCAGCAUACAAAUUCAAGGAGUAUGUGUUGGGUGACUUGGUCUCAGGCAUUAGCACAGGGGUGCUUCAGCUUCCUCAAGGCUUAGCCUUCGCAAUGCUGGCAGCUGUGCCUCCGGUGUUCGGCCUGUACUCUUCGUUUUACCCUGUUAUCAUGUAUUGUUUUUUUGGAACCUCCAGACACAUAUCCAUAGGUCCGUUUGCUGUAAUUAGCCUGAUGAUUGGCGGCGUGGCUGUUCGAUUAGUACCAGAUGAUAUAGUCAUCCCGGGAGGAGUAAACGCAACCAAUGGUACAGAAGCCAGAGACGCCUUGAGAGUGAAAGUCGCCAUGUCAGUGACCUUACUUGCAGGAAUCAUUCAGUUUUGCCUAGGUGUCUGUAGGUUUGGAUUUGUGGCCAUAUACCUCACAGAGCCUCUGGUGCGUGGCUUUACCACUGCGGCAGCUGUGCAUGUCUUCACCUCCAUGUUAAAAUACCUGUUUGGAGUUAAAACAAAGCGGUACAGUGGGAUCUUUUCAGUGGUGUAUAGUACAGUUGCUGUGUUGCAGAAUGUUAAAAACCUCAACGUGUGUUCCCUAGGCGUCGGGCUGAUGGUUUUUGGUUUGCUGUUGGGUGGCAAGGAGUUUAAUGAGAGAUUUAAAGAGAAAUUGCCGGCACCCAUUCCGUUAGAGUUCUUUGCGGUGGUGAUGGGAACGGGCAUUUCAGCUGGGUUCAGCUUGCACGAGUCGUACAAUGUGGAUGUCGUUGGGUCACUUCCUCUGGGGCUACUCCCUCCAGCCAAUCCGGACACCAGCCUCUUCCACCUCGUGUACGUGGAUUCCAUCGCCAUAGCCAUUGUUGGGUUUUCAGUGACCAUCUCGAUGGCCAAGACCUUGGGAAAUAAACAUGGCUACCAGGUCGAUGGCAAUCAGGAGCUCAUUGCGCUGGGACUGUGCAAUUCCAUUGGCUCGCUCUUCCAGACUUUCGCAAUUUCAUGCUCCUUGUCUCGAAGCCUUGUUCAGGAGGGCACUGGAGGGAAGACACAGCUUGCAGGUUGUUUGGCCUCGUUAAUGAUUCUGAUGGUCAUAUUAGCCACCGGAUUCCUCUUUGAAUCAUUACCCCAGGCUGUGCUGUCGGCCAUUGUGAUCGUCAACCUGAAAGGAAUGUUUAUGCAAUUCUCAGAUCUCCCCUUUUUCUGGAGAACCAGCAAAAUAGAGCUGACCAUCUGGCUUACGACUUUCGUUUCCUCCUUGUUCCUGGGGUUGGACUAUGGUUUGAUUACUGCUGUCAUCAUUGCGCUGAUGACUGUGAUUUACAGAACACAGAGCCCGAGCUACAAAGUCCUUGGACAGCUUCCUGACACUGAUGUGUACAUUGAUAUAGAUGCAUAUGAGGAGGUGAAAGAAAUUCCUGGAAUUAAAAUAUUCCAAAUAAAUGCCCCAAUUUAUUAUGCAAAUAGUGACUUGUAUAGCAGUGCAUUAAAAAGAAAGACGGGAGUGAACCCAGCAUUUAUUAUGGGAGCAAGAAGAAAGGCCAUGAAGAAGUAUGCUAAAGAAGUCGGGAAUGCAAACUUAGCCAACGCAACCAUUAUCAAGGCGGAUGGAGAAGUAGACGGGGAAGAUGCUACGAAGACUGAAGAAGAGGAUGAUGAGAUAAAAUUUCCCCCAGUAGUCAUUAAGACCACAAUUCCUGAAGAACUGCAAAGAUUUAUGCCCCCAGGGGACAAUGUCCACACUGUCAUUCUGGAUUUUACACAAGUCAAUUUUAUCGAUUCUGUUGGUGUAAAAACUCUGUCAGGGAUUGUAAAAGAAUAUGGAGAUGUCGGUAUUUAUGUGUAUUUAGCAGGAUGCAGUGCACAAGUUGUAAAUGACCUCACGUCAAACUUCUUUUUUGAAAAUCCCGCCUUAAAGGAGCUGCUGUUCCACAGCAUCCACGAUGCCGUGUUAGGGAGCCAGCUUCGAGAGGCGCUGGCUGAACAAGAAGCCCUGACCCCUCCGCCCCAGGAGGAUGCGGAGCCCAAUGCCACUCAGGCGGAGGCGUGAGGAACUCGG